AUGGCAUUCAAAUUCGCCGUCUUCGCCGCCAUCGUGGCCGUUGCCAACGCCGUAGGCAUCGGAUACCCAGCACCUCUGGGAGCUUACCCGGCCGUCGCUAAGGUUGCAGCUCCUCUGGGCGUUGCUAAGGUUGUCGCCGACUACGACGCGAACCCGCAGUACAGCUACAGCUACCACAUUGCCGAUGCUCUGACCGGAGACAACAAGGAACAGCAGGAAUCGCGCUCGGGAGAUGUUGUCACUGGUCACUACUCUCUGGUUGAGCCCGAUGGCACCCGUCGUGUCGUUGAGUACAAUGCUGACCCCGUCAACGGAUUCAACGCCGUGGUCCAUCGUGAGCCUCUGGCCGUGAAGGCCGUGGCCCCGGUUGCUGCCUAUCCCGCCGUCGCCAAGGUCGCUGCCCCGUACGGAUAUCCCGCGUACGGCAAGGCCAUCCUCGGUUAA